AUGGCCCAAGAAUCCAGCAGGAACGCGGAAACAAUCAAGUAUGCUGUUGUUACUGGUUCAAACAAAGGGAUUGGAUUUGAAAUAUGCAGGCAAUUGGCUUCCAAUGGAAUUACAGUGGUAUUGACUGCCAGAGAUGAGAAGAGAGGUCUUGAAGCUGUUAAGAAACUCAAAGUGUGUGGUUUUUCAGAUAAUGUAGUUUUUCAUCAGCUUAAUAUUACAGAUCCAGCAAGUGUCAAUUCACUAGCUGAAUUCAUCAAAUCCCAGUUUGGAAGGCUCGAUAUUUUGGUGAAUAAUGCAGGGAUUUUUGGAGCCAUUAUCGAUGGUGAUGCUCUAAGAGCUUCGAAAGCCGCUGCCACUGAGGUAAGUCCUAGUGUACUGUGUGAUAAAUAA